AUGCAGGCCACGGCGGAUCUCUACCAAGGCUACGAUGCCACCGCCAACGGCGGCGCCCUGGCCGCUCCGCCCCUGAGCGAGCAGCCGCGCGUGGGCUUCGCUCCCGGCACAGCCUAUGUCCCGCCGGGGACGGCCCGACAAGGGAGCCUCGGGGCCGGGGGGCGCACGGGCACGGCGUUCAUACCGCCCUCCACCGCCAUGGGGGGCCGCCGCACCGGCGCCGCCCCCCAGGGCGACGGUCCCCGCCCAAUGACCUCGAACCGCGGCACCGGGUACAACAGCGCGGCCGCGACGCGCAUGGACGCCACCGGGACGUUCCGCGCGCCGCCGAUCCGGUCGCUUUCGCGCGGCGAGAAGGCCCCGGACAUGAUCGGGCGGGAGAUGGAGCUCGAGGUGAACAUCAUCCUGGAGGAGUCGAGUCAGCUGGCCAAGCUGGGCAACUGGACGGGCGCGCUCGAGAAGGCCAAGGCGGCGGGGAAGCGGGAACGCCAGCUCUUCAAGUUCCGCGAGGACAACGCGCUGUCGGACAUGCACAACCAGGACCUGACGUUCUCGGUGGUGUUCAACCUGGGCAUCUGCCAGCACCGUUCGAAGCUGUACCGCGAGGCGCUGACCACGUACUCGAAGCUGGCCAAGGACCGCGCCUACCCGCUGCACUCGCGCGUGCGGAUCAACAUGGGCGCGCUGUACUUCGAGCAGGGCAAGUUCUCGAACGCGAUCAAGAUGUGGCGCAUGGCGAUGGACAACAUGUCGCAGCCCCACGGCGCGAACAACCGGAUGCGCUUCCGCCUGAUGCGCAACAUCGGCGUGGCGUUCCUGCGCAUGGGGCACUACAGCGACGCGCUAGCGCAGUUCGAGUCCGUCAUGGAGAACGCCCCGGACCACGUCGCGGGGUACAACCUCGUCGUGUGCGCCUACGCGAUGGACAACGUCGACAAGAUGCGGUCCGGGUUCCAGGCGCUGCUGCUGCUGCCGAUGCACGACCUCGCGGGCGAAGACGAGGAGGAGAACGAGGGCAACCCCGACGCGCUCGACGCGCUCCGGGAGGAGCUCCGCAGGCGCAAGGCCGAGACGUCGCGGGUGAUCGUGAAGGCGGCGCGCAUGGUCGCCCCCGCGGUCUCCGCGUCGCGGCAGGGCGCCGGCGAGGGCUACGACUGGGUCGUCCAGCAGCUGUCCAACGCGGGCCUCGCGGACCUGGCGGGCGAGGUGGAGCUCUGCAAGGCGGCGGCGCUGCUCUCGGAGCGGCGCUUCCAGGACGCGGUCGACGUCCUCAAGUCCUUCGAGCGCAAGGAGACGGACCAGCGCGCGCGCGCGGCGUCGUCGCUGUCGUCGAUCAACUUCCUCGAGGGCAAGAUGCGCGACGCGACGACGCACGCCGAGCUGGCGGUCAAGUCCGACAAGUUCAACGCGCAGGCGCUCGUCGCGCGCGGCAACACGCUCGUCGCGCAGGACCGCCUCGAGGAGGCCUGCGAGCGCUACGAGGAGGCCACGGAGUACGAGGUCGACUGCGCAGAGGCCCUGUACAACCUGGGGCUGGCGAAGCGGCAGCUCGCGCUGCGGACGGAGGACCUGAGCGUGGACGAGCGCGCGCAGAAGCUGCUCAAGGAGGCGCAGGCGCACUUCCGGAAGCUGGUCAACAUGAUGCCGGACGCGCCCGACGUGAUUCUGCAGAUCGCCACGUGUUACGAGCUGGCCGGGAACUGGAAGAGCGCGAUCAAGUGGCUCGAGGCGCUCCUCUCGAAGCUCCCGACCGACGCGGGCGUCAUGGCGCGCCUCGGCGCCGUCUACCAGAAGCAGGGCGACGAAACCAAGGCCACGCACUACUACAUGGAGUCCCACCGCGUGUACCCGGCGAACCUGGACGUGCUGACGUGGCUGGGCGCGCAGUACGCGAAGAGCGAGCUGUUCGAGGAGGCGCAGCGGUUCUUCGAGCUCGCGGCGCAGCUGCAGCCGGACAAGGCCGAGUGGGAGCUGAUGGUUGCCAGCUGCAUGCGGCGGACGCAGAACUGGCCCGGGGCGCUGCGCAAGUACAAGGCGGUGCACAAGAAGCACCCGGACAACCGCGAGUGCCUGGCGUUCGUCGUGCAGCUCUGCCGGGACCUGGGACACCCCCAGGAGGAGAGGGAGUAUUCCGCGAAGCUGGAGCGGCUGGACGCGCUGCUGGCCAACCAGCAGCGCGGCGCGGGGAAGGCGGCGGCGAAUGGGCGCGGAGCAGAGGACGACGCGUUCAUGGGCGCGGACGCAGGGUUCGGGCUUGGCGCGGCGGUGGCGCCGACGGCGGUGGACGAGGACGACGGGAGCCUGAUGCCGCAGAAAAAGCGCGCGGACGACGACUGGGCGCUAGAGGAGGACAUGCUGCCGGCGUGA